AUGGUGAAGACUGCUACGGGUCUAGGUGUAGGUAUAUUUCAGCUUCAUCUUGCGAUGUCAAUCAUCCUCCAGCCAUCGGACAUCAAUUUACCCAGUUGCUUUUGGGAAGACCUUGCACAAAACAUGUCUACAGCCCCGCUCGAUGCCAGUGCAGUACGCCCGGCAGGGCAACACAUACCAAACCGAACGCCAUCCUUAGUCAUCGUGUCAACCAUCUUCCUCCUGAUUACCACAGCCUUCUUCGCAACACGACUCAUAUGGCGCUUCAAGCACAAGCAACGAGGCUGGGACGAUCUGAUGGCCGCUCUGGCGUAUAUCAACCUGGUCAUAAUGACUGCUUUUGCCUACGCCUCUGCCCACAAUGGAUUUGGCAAGCACCGAGUCGACAUUCUGCCGACGUUCACAGUCGCCAUGUUCUGGUUCUAUAUGUAUCAGAUCUGCUACAAGACCAUCGGAGGUCUGACGAAGCUAUGCUUCUGCAUGCUCUACCUCCGACUGUUUGACGCGAAGAAAGCCUUUUGUCAGGCUGUUGCUAUCAACGCUGGUAUCAUCGCGGCCGGGACGUUGGCCUUCACGUUUGGCACGAUCUUCCAAUGUUUGCCGAUCCACCGUAAUUGGGACAGAAGGGUGGAGGGCUAUUGCCUUGAUUUUGCCGCCUUUUGGUACUCACAUGCAGUGUUCAAUACCGCCAUGGACAUUGUGGUCUUCGCCCUGCCCAUCCCACAAAUCAACACCUUGCAAAUGAAGCAAAGAACCAAGACAGGGCUCAUCGCCGUCUUCGCGCUCGGCGCCUUCACCAUUGCAGCAUCGAUCGUCCGCAUGGUAUUGCUCAAAGGCAGCGCCAAUAGCACAGACACGACAUACGGCUCAACACCUGCUCUUAUCUGGACUGAAAUCGAGGCCAAUACAUCGGUCAUCUGCUGCUGUCUGCCGGCAUUGCGAGUUUUUUUCGUGCAGGUCUGGCGAAGUGUACGAGGAAAGACUGGUCCAGAGACUCCCAGUGCCAGCGAUGCACUGUCUGAAGGAAGGCAGCUGGGCGUGCCAGCAGACCCACUCGCUAUGCCAGACAAGCAAGCUACUAUGUUUUCCCAAGUACGAUACUCGCCGCCUGCAACGAGCGUGGAUUCCUUCGAACGAGAUGGCGGUGUUGAGCCCGGGCACUACUCUGUGCUCGAUAGGCUCGGUCUGGGCAAGAGGAGUGGCUCCAGCGAAAGCGAUGGAGAAGGCAAUGGUUCACCGAGCCUGGAGCUGGGUUCCAUCAAGAAGAGCACAGACUUCAAGCACCAUUCUAUGGUCAAUCCAAGAGACGAUAAAAAGGGUAAUUGGACAUUCAUGAGAUGUUGA